CAGAAGAGAGAGAGAGAGAGAAGAAAGGCAUGAUGAGAAGAGAAGAAGAGGAGGAGGAGGAGGAGAUGGUUAAGAAGCAGCCUGCAUGGCUGCAAAGUUUAAUGGCGGAAACAUUCUUUGGUGGUUGUGGGGCCCACCUUAAUCUCAGAAAAAAUGAAAAGAAUAUUUUCUGCUUAAUUUGUUGCCUCAGCUUCUGCCCUCACUGUCUCCCUUCUCAUCAUCCCUCCCACCCUCUUCUCCAGGUGAGGAGAUAUGUGUACCAAGAUGUAAUCAGAUUGGACGACCUGGAAAAGCUCAUUGACUGUUCCUACAUUCAGCCGUACACAAUAAAUAGUGCCAAAGUGAUAUUCUUGAACGAAAGAGCACAAAGAUCUUCUUGCAAGGGUUCUUCAGCUGCUGCUGCUGCUGCUAACAAUUGUUUCACCUGCGACAGAAUUCUUCAGGACCCAUUCAAUUUCUGUUCCCUCUCUUGCAAGGUGGAUCACAUGGUAUAUCAUGGGGAGGAUUUAUCAAGCAUCUUGUACAGGUUUGAUGGAUCUGAUUUCUCCAUCUCUCAAUUUGAAGGCCUGAGAAUGGACGUUUCAGACGAUGGCCAAGUCACACCCGACUCCAUACUGGAGGAUCCACUUGAUCAGUACGGAUGCUCCGAUUACGCAAAAACGGAUCAUUCUGGAAGUUUCAACGGAUCGGGAAUUACGAGAAGGAAGUCCAAGAACAAAAGUGGUGGAUAUGGAAUCCCUGGUAUUGUGAUCUCUUUGAGCAGCAGAAGAAAAGGAGCUCCCCAAAGGUCUCCUCUUUCCUGA